AUGGCUUUAAAUACGAUUGCGCUGGGCGUCGUCCUUACUCCGGCCGUUCUAUCGACCUUUAUCUCCCAUUACCUGCAUCGAAAAUCGCUGCACAAUAAACCUACCAUCCAUGUCUCCUACGACGAAGCCAUACAUAUCUUCCGCAAGUUUCUCUUCUACGCGUCCAAGCACACCGUCGAGGACAUCCAGGCCUUCAGUGCCCAAUGGGUGCCCAGUCCUCACUGGGUGAGGACGGAGACGGUCCACAUCUCCAAUCGAUACCUGACGUCUGCGGCAGAGGUCCUGAUCGAUGAAUUGGGCCCCAGGGGGAUCGACCGUGUGGGCGGAAAGGAGUGGUGGCAAUGGCGUGGUCCGGCCGAGGAUCUUCAGGGGGAGUGGAUCGAAAUGCGCAACGAUCAUAAUGAAAGGAAACGCGCCAAUGGGGAUAAUCGGGGCCGCAGGCGCAUCAUGCUGUAUAUCCAUGGCGGUGCAUAUUACUUUGGUAGUGUCAAUACACAUCGGUACCAGAUGCAGCGUCAUGCGAGGAAGCUCCAAGGGCGGGUAUUUGCACGGUAG